GCCCGCCGCUGGCCGCAGCUGCCGCCAGUCCAUCCGUCACUCCGUCCGUCUGUCCGACCCACGUCGUCGUCGCCGCCGCCUCCUCAGCCCGGACGCCCGGGGCCCGCCCAGCGCCACCCGGAGCAGCCGCGGCCCCGCGAGGAGACGGGCGCCGCCUCCGCCCGGCCCUGCCCUGCCCUGCCCCGUCUUCCCGUCUGUCCGUCCGUCCGUCCGCCCGCUCGCUCGCGCUUCCGUCCUUCUGUCGGGCCGCUGGCCCUCGGGCCCUUGUCCCUGCUGAGCCCGCUUUGUCUCUCCCUAGCUCGCUGUCUCUUUGUCUCUGCUCUCGCGCUCUCGGCCCCUCCCUCGCUCCAGGAUCUCGGGUCCCCUCUCCCAGCGCUCCUCUCCUCUCUUACAGCCACGGGUUCUGGCACCCCCAUUCUUCGGGACUCCGUAGAUCUUUUGGGGCCUCUCCUUCAGAACACACUCCACUCCCCCAGGCCUCUCCUGAGCUUACCACACAUCCUGAGGGUCCUUCUUGAUCCAUGUGUCCCCGAUUCCUGGGGGGGCUUAAUUCCACCUACUCCAUAUUUCCCCGAGGGUUUCCCACUUCUCCGGUGCCUCCCAUAGCCUCCAGAACCUUUUACAUCCCUUAGUGGUCUCCUUGAACUCCCAGUGUCUCCCCAGCUCUCUAACUUCAGAACCUCUGCCUUUCCUGGAUUUGUCCGCUGUCACUGUCUCUCCUUGUUCUCUGAGCGCCCCACUUCUCUGGACCCGGUCCCCCGCCUUGCUCUCCCUGCUUCUUUCACGAGUCUGUGUCGGUGGUCUCAUUGCUGUCUCUGACGCCUGCCUCUGAGCCUUCUCUGUCCGGGGCUCUUGCUCCCUUGCUUCUCUGCCUGAUCCCCUGCCGCCCCUUCUCUCUGCUCCUUGUCACUCCCUCUCCCUUUUCUGUCUCUGCCGGGUCUCUGGGUCUCUGACCCCCAUCCGGCCCUCAUGGCUUUGUGUCUGGAGCUCUUGAAGCAAUGUUCAUCAUGCCUAGUGGCAUAUAAGAAGACCCCACCACCGGUCCCUCCACGUACCACAUCGAAGCCGUUCAUCUCGGUCACCGUUCAGAGCAGCACCGAGUCUGCUCAGGAUACCUACCUGGACAGUCAAGACCACAAGAGCGAAGUGACGAGCCAGUCGGGCUUGAGCAACUCAUCAGACAGCCUGGACAGCAGUACCCGGCCACCCAGUGUGACACGGGGUGGAAUUACCCCAGGCCCUGAAGCUCCUGAGCCACCCCCUAAGCAUGCAGCUCUGAAGAGUGAACAAGGGACACUGACGAGCUCUGAGUCCCAUUCCGAGGCCAUCCCCAAAAGGAAACUGUCAUCGAUAGGAAUACAAGUUGACUGCAUUCAGCCAGUGCCAAAAGAGGAGCCCAGUCCCGCUACCAAAUUCCAGUCCAUCGGGGUUCAGGUAGAGGACGACUGGCGAAGCAGCGCCCCCUCUCACAGCAUGUCCUCCCGUCGGGACACUGACUCCGAUACCCAGGAUGCCAACGACUCCAGUUGUAAGUCAUCUGAGAGGAGUCUCCCAGAUUGUACCUCACACCCCAAUUCCAUCAGCAUUGAUGCUGGCCCCCGACAGGCCCCCAAGAUUGCCCAGAUCAAGCGCAACCUCUCCUAUGGAGACAACAGCGACCCUGCCCUGGAGGCGUCUUCGCUGCCCCCGCCCGACCCUUGGCUGGAGACUUCUUCCAGCUCCCCAGCAGAGCCCACUCAGCCAGGGGCCUGCCGCAGGGAUGGCUACUGGUUCCUGAAGCUCCUUCAGGCAGAAACGGAGAGGCUGGAAGGCUGGUGCUGCCAGAUGGACAAGGAGACCAAAGAGAACAACCUCUCUGAGGAAGUCUUAGGGAAAGUUCUCAGUGCUGUGGGCAGCGCCCAGCUCCUGAUGUCCCAGAAAUUCCAGCAGUUCCGUGGCCUCUGUGAGCAGAACUUGAACCCUGAUGCCAACCCCCGUCCGACAGCCCAGGACCUGGCAGGGUUCUGGGACCUGCUGCAGCUGUCCAUUGAGGACAUCAGCAUGAAGUUCGAUGAGCUCUACCACCUCAAGGCCAACAGCUGGCAGCUGGUGGAGACCCCCGAGAAGAGGAAGGAAGAGAAGAAGCCACCCCCUCCAGUCCCGAAGAAGCCAGCCAAAUCCAAGGCGGCAGUGAGCCGCGACAAGGCCUCAGAUGCAGGGGACAAGCAGCGUCAGGAGGCCAGAAAGAGACUCCUGGCUGCCAAGCGAGCAGCGUCUGUGCGACAGAACUCGGCCACAGAGAGUGCGGACAGCAUCGAGAUUUAUGUCCCUGAGGCCCAGACCAGGCUCUGAGGCCCUGAAGGAGAAAGCACUCGAUUUGAAAUCAUUAAAAACUCAAUGCAAAUGGAACUGCGUUUCUCACCCUUUAGUAUGGUCAUUAUCUCUAGAGACCCUGAGCCAACUUUCCAGUUGACACACACAAGGGCUCACAAUGUGGCUUUUCUGGGUCCCUCCAAGCUUUAGGUUAUGAAGACUUGACUCAAAAAAAAAAAAAAAAUUAAUUAAAAACCACACUCUAGAACCUUUCCCCUUGGGCUGCCAUGGCGGACCAGAUGACGGCUUGGGCAGUCGCAGCCCAGCCUCCAGAUUGCGGUCUUUUUACUUGCUCUGUCUGCUGAGAACUAGCUUGUUUACAAGACGACAACAGUCCAAGGCAACCUUGGGCCCCUGCCAUGUCCCUCCCUUCCCCACAGCUUUUCUGUUUCCCUGCAGAACUCAACAGGGGUCACCAUUGUGGCUUUCUGGUUCACACCCUUUGGGGCUGAGGGCCCAGAGGACAGAGAGAAGGGGAGCAUCCCCCCUCCCAGCCUCCCCACUAAGUGCUCACACACAGCUGGUCUGCCCUCCCUCCGCUGCCAUCCGCCAGCCUAGGCAGUGUCAGGCUGGACUGGCCUCUGAGCAGAUAGGAAAGGACUGGUCCUUGGGGCACGUGGGGAAACCAUGGCUACGAUGCUCCAGCCUCCUCUUCAGCAAAAGAAAAUUUAGGACUCCCAAGUGGCUUCCAGGGGGUUGGCUGUCCUUGGCCACACCUUCAUCCAGUCCCCCCCAGGGGCAGGUGGCGGUGUCUGUACGUUCGUGUACAUAUGCACAUAGACCUUAGAGUGUAUAUUUAAUUAACGCCCAUCUGCUCACCCAAAGCCCACCAGCGCCGCUGCCGCCGGCUCUCGGGGUCCCUGCAGGAGGCAGGUGUGUGAAUAGCAUAUAUUUUUACAUGUACUAUAUCUAGGUGUGUGUACAAGUGUGUGUAAAAAUAUACCUUGUGUGUAAGCAGUCCCAUUUUUGGUUGUCCUCCUAACCCGUCAGCCCAGCCUCUUGAGUUUUUCAUUCUGUUGUGAUUUUUCAUCCCAAUCCUCCUCUCCUGUCCCCCACUCCCAUUCCCAAGGUGUUCUGAGCCCUGAGCUGCAAAGGCCUGGGCCCACAGAGCAGGAUGGGGAGGGCAGGGCUGGGUCAGGCCGCCUGGAGGGGGCCAGCCCCAGCAGACAGUUUGGCUAUCAGGGGCUGUUGUAUACUGUGCACAUGAUUUGAGGGCAUUGGGGACAUUCUCUUGUCUGGCGCAUGCUGCAGGGGGGUCCCCGGGUGAAGCAAAGGCCUGCUCUGGGGGCCUGUUCCAGCUUGGCCGCCCCCUCUGUGACCUUGGGCAAGUCACUUGACCUCUGUGUGCCUCAACUUCCUCCUCUGUAAAAUGGGGACAGUCCCUGCCCCUCCCUACCUCACAGGCAUGUUGUGAGAAUAAAUGAGGUAACGUGUAAA